ACGAUUUUUGAUGUGUACGAUGAUCUAAUAAGUACUUUAAAAAUAGCGAGGUUAACAGCGGAAAUAAGUUCAGAUAUUUGAAUUUUAAGAGAGCUUAAGGAAAUGUUUUUUUUUUAGCUAUCUCUGAAUAAAUCUUAUAAUUUUAGUUUUGAAUGAACUAUUUGUGGCUGAUUAUUAAAUGUAUAAAAAAAAACAUUUUUUGGUUUUUCAAUCUCGACUAAAGUUUUUCUAUUGUAAAAAAUUCCUUAAAUUGCAAAAGAGUAACAACAUCUCUAUCUAAUCUGCAGUAUACGACAUAAACCAAAAUUAGCGGAUAUUCAACCCGAUGUAAUAGACAUAACACAUGAAAAGGUUGAACGUGAAGAGAAAACGGGCGAUCUUAUAAUUUUGGAUUCGAAAUCGCCAAAUACUUCCCUUAAUGGGACAGAAUUAAGGAAUACAAUACUAUUAAACUCUUAUAUUGAUUACAGUAAAACGUCACCAUCGUCCACCAAUCGAUUAUUGGUAGAGGAUCAGCUAAAAGUUAAUUCCGACACUGGUUCACGUAAGGAGAGUAAUUUAAAAGACGCAACAGGGGAGGAACAAGAGUGCGUUUCUAUUAUACAUAAGAAACAAAAGCAAAUGAUAUUCAAUUUCGAGGGUAACAACGCAAUACAAAAUUUUGAACCUGUGGUGAUGGCACAUUCAAAUGUACCUUUAUACCCUCUGAAAACUGUAAAUGGAGCUCAAUUUUUGCCGCAGAUACAUACGGGGAUGUUACGCAUGCGCAUAAAGCAAAUCUGCGCCAUACAGAUGUAUGCUUGGCCGCACUUGCUAAGAAACAACUCAGUAUUUAUAAUUAGCCCGAGUAAAUCAGGCAAAACUUGGUCUUAUUUAUCAGCCUUGUGUAAUGAUAUUUAUUAUGAUUUGAUCGAUUUGAAAUCCACUUUUGGGCCGGUAGGCAUAGUUUUCGUUGCCUCUAUGAAACAUAUGGAACAAGUCACUGAUUCUUGCCGUCAAUUAAUGUCUGCUUUGAAAGGUCAGGCUCCCGUGAUAGUGGCGUCUUUCGGUUUAUCUAAUUUUAGAGAGACUAAAAAAAAAUUAUUGAAAAGCUGCGGCAUAGUAGUAAUAACGCUUUCAAGUUUGUUACGUUUGCUGAACGAUAGUGAAAACAGGAAUUUGUUUAACGGUGAACGUUUGAAGCGCAUUGUUAUGGAUGACGUGGACUUAAUAAUGUCACGUGCUCAAUGGGAUUUUGCAAUGACCUUAAAAGCUUUAUUUACGUUGUGCAAAAAGUCUGGAGGACAAACCUUGAUACCUCAGAUAGCUGCAACAUUUUGUCGUUGGGAUGUUGCGUUUAUGGAGCUUAUACGACUAUCAAAUCAGCCUUUGUUAUUGAUCGCAGAUUAUCUCGAAGCUACUGUUUACGGCAAGGUCGAACUUUCGAUCAAGUUGCGCUCUAAAAUGGAGAAGAAAGAAACAAUGCAAAGUUUCCUUAAGAAAUGCAAUAAAACUGUUCAGAUGAGCAAUCGUACUAUAAUUAUAUGCAACGAAGACUAUGAGGUCCUGGAAGUGCUUCAACUUUUAGCGGAAUAUGGUUAUUUUAGUUUUGAUUACAGCAGUGACUCCGUUGAAAUAGGGCGUAUCAUUAUUAACGAGUGGAAACGUAAGAAAACUGACAACAUUUUUGUGUGUACGGAUGAGGCGCUAUUUGCCCUUCAAAUACGUAAUGUUCAAAAUUUAAUCCAUUAUUCUAUGCCGACUUCAUGGACACAAUUCACUGCGCGUUUUUCAGUUCUAAUUGAAAGCUACGACAAUCUGUUAGCUGAUACCUUUGCAAAAAUUCCGCCUUGUGCUCACAGUUCUAAUAGAGUUUGCUCUUUAGUGCUGUUGGAUGAUGAGAAUAACCUACAAUUGCCGCAUUUGGUCGACUUUAUGCGUAUGCAUCAGCAAAUUGUGCGUCCGGAUAUACAAGCGAUGGCAAACCAUUUGUUGAUUACACUUGCAGACGCCCGAGUCUGCAAUGACGUGCAGCUUUGUUUAGACGUUUUAGAUUUCGGUGAAUGUGAUGAAUUAUUUUGUAAUAAACGCCAUGAAAUAACCAGUUUGGAUGUUGUUACCAAGAAGGAUGACAUACCAAUGGACGGAGAAAUUCGUAUACGUAUUAUACUUAAGCUGAAAUUGAACUUGACUACAUGGGGAGAAAAGAUAAUUGUCAUUUUGGACAAAUUACAACUGAUACACAAUAACCAAGCAAGACAUUUCAAUUAUCAUCCGAAAUUACACGAAAAAAUAGCAGUAAAGUUUGUUGCUUGGAAUAAAAUCAUACGCGCUGAAAUAUUGGGCGAGGACGGAUGGCAAAAAGAAUUUAUUGUUUGGGCAUUAGAUUAUGGUUUUCCUUUUCGGACCAAAGAGGAAUAUGUAUUGCGUCUUUCCACGAAAAUGACAAGGCAAAUUGACCACAUUCGAUGUGGAGGUUUAGCUAAUAUUUUGCCUGCUGAAACUGACUAUGACGAUAUGGAAGGUAAGUUAGUCCUUGUGAAAAAAGAUAAUUGGCGGCAAAAUGCCUGUGACAUUUUGGACCAAUUUUUGAUGGAUGCCGCAUCGAUUACUUUCGUCGAGGAAUUUAAGUCGCCAGGCAAUCGCUGUUGGGGCAAUUUGAUUGUCAGGAAUCACAAAGGCAGAUUUUUUGAUGCUCGCGAAAUCUUAUUGUCGGCUAAAUUGGCCUUGGAGGAGCCGACAAAAUUUCAAGAGAUCAUUCCUAAAUUGAAAACAAUUUCAAUUUUGCAAUAUCUAUCUAAUAAUGGGAGAUUAACAAAGAAAACUAACACCAUCAGAGGUAAAAUAACUGACCUUUGCGUGGUGCAAAAUUCGACGUCUGCGAUUGAUGAUAAUGCGAAGCGCAAGGUUGAAGCUUGGCGUGCUCGCAAUAAACGGCAGAAUGAUUUAAUAGAUGUAGCUUCGGUAACAGAAUCAAGCAUUUCGCGAGAAAUGACUGCAGACGGUGUGACUUUUGAUGAUUCGGUAUCUGCAAAGAACUUCAAUUUAUCAGAAAAUGACGUUAAAAAAGGAAAUGUUGGUAUUACCAACUAUAUCGGCAAAGCUGGAGCUCUAGCCAAAAUUAAAGUUGCGGGAGAUGAGUUGCGAUGGCCUGGUGAUGAAUAUUUCAAAGCAAGAAUCGAAAUUAAUCCUGUGGAAAAUUCGUCACCAGACUUAACAAAUGCUUGCAUGCGAACUGAAAAUUUGCUUAGAUUGAAGAAAAUUAGAAGUCAACAAUUGAUGGAAUUGCGUGAAAAAUAUAAGGAGAACGAACCAAGUUUGACAACGUUGUCUUUGGCGCAAACUUACGCCUCAAAUUUUACAGAUUAUAGGAAAACUUUGGAGGCAAAAAUGGAUAAACCGAAUUCGCCGGAACUACUUACAGUGGUCCACUCGCCUUCUUCCUUGAAGUAUAAAAAAUGUAAACCUUCGGACCAAGCAAAGACUAUUAACCGUUACGAAUCAACACAAUCUACACGAAAAUGUUCUAUUGGAGGUUCAGAAGACGAGAAAGAGAAAACUUUCCUCGGAAUGUCUUGCACUAGGCGCUCCGUAACGAAUGAUGACAAAGAAAAUGUAGAACAGGAGUCCAUAAAAAUUGGAAGUGAGGAAGAUUUAAUUAAAUCCGACAAAUUAAAAUGCCCGAAAGAAGUUAAUCCAAGCGAUAUUAAAAAGAAUUUGGCGUCUCCAUAA